AUGUUCGACAACACGGGAGUGUUCGAACAGAGGUAAGUAAAACAUAAUGGCUUUAUGACUUACGUUUCCAUUUCCCAGGCAGACUAUGGGCCGCCAGAGGAAGGAACGGGCAUCCGAGGGAGCCAGCAACCGUCGAGAAACAGGAUGCCGGAGUGGAUGGAACUUGCCACCACGAUUUCCCUAUACUGGAGAGUCAUUACCAGCAGUCUUUUUGGCAGGAAUAGCGGUCUGUUAUGCAGCAGCUCGGCAGACCAACCACA